AAGGAUCGUCGAGGUCAAAAACUGACACCGAGGAACUGCAGGGAACCCGAAGACACACUCAGUCUCUCUCUAGGUCAGGGCGCUUCUCUUUCUCUCUCCUCCAAAGAGCCAGUGUCCGCUUUUUCCCACACUCAUAGCGACGAAUGCUUCAAACCUUCUCAAAACGACACCCUCCUAAUCACAAAACGACAAGGCCCAACAUUGCUCAUCUCCAAGGCACGUAGCUUUCUCACUUCUUUCUCUCUCUGUCUCCUCUCUCUCCCGUACUCCAUUUCUUUUACAGCUUCGAGAGAGAGGUUGACUUUGGUGGCGUUGGCGGCGGCGGUGGUGGUGAUCGUGAAAUGGACCCUUCAGUUCUCGACGACAUAAUCAAUCGGCUUCGCGAAGUUCGUCUUCGACCCGGGAAGCAGGUGCAGUUAUCGGAGUCAGAGAUCCGGCAACUCUGUGUAGUUUCUAGGGAGAUUUUCUUAAAACAGCCCAAUUUGUUGGAGCUAUGUGCACCCAUCAAGAUUUGCGGUGAUAUACAUGGUCAAUAUUCGGAUCUUUUAAGGCUUUUCGACUAUGGUGGAUUCCCUCCUCAAGCCAAUUACUUAUUUUUGGGGGAUUACGUAGAUCGCGGCAAGCAAAGCCUAGAGACUAUAUGUCUUCUCCUUGCAUAUAAAAUAAGAUAUCCUGAAAACUUCUUCCUCUUGAGAGGAAACCAUGAAUGUGCAUCUAUAAACCGUAUAUACGGAUUUUAUGAUGAGUGUAAGAGAAGAUUUAAUGUCAGGUUGUGGAAGAUCUUCACUGAUUGUUUUAAUUGUCUGCCAGUGGCAGCCCGGAUUGAUGAUAAAAUUCUCUGCAUGCAUGGGGGACUUUCCCCUGAUUUGCAUAAUUUGGAUCAGAUUAGAAAUUUACAACGCCCAACUGAUGUACCAGACACAGGAUUGCUCUGUGAUCUUCUCUGGUCAGAUCCCAGUAACGAUAUUCAAGGUUGGGGAAUGAAUGACAGGGGAGUUUCUUAUACAUUCGGCCCUGACAAAGUGACAGAGUUUCUUGAGAAGCAUGAUCUGGACCUUGUUUGUCGUGCUCAUCAGGUUGUAGAGGAUGGUUAUGAAUUCUUUGCAAACCGGCAACUUGUAACCAUAUUUUCGGCGCCUAAUUAUUGUGGGGAGUUUGAUAAUGCUGGUGCCAUGAUGAGUGUGGACGACACUCUAAUGUGCUCUUUCCAAAUAUUAAAACCUGCAGUUAAGAAGUUAAAGUUCAGCUUUGGAAGCACUACUACCACUAAGCCUGGAAAUUCUCCAGAAGUCUUUGGGAGCACAACUACAACUAAGCCAGGAAACACUCCAACUGGAGUCAAGUCCUUCCUCGGUGCAAAAGUAUGAGAAUUUGAUUUUGGUGGGAUACAGGAGCUGCCAUUCAACAAUUGGUUCGUGGACAUUGCCAAACUAGCUGCAAAAGGGCACUCGAGGUCCAUUUAAUUACAGAUAAUUGAUGGAAGUGUAUAAAUUAUGAAAGGAAAUAUCAGAAAGCUAAUGCAAAAGUUUUAUUCUCCUUGAUAUAAAGUUGGGUUUGAAGAAAGAAGGCUGUAAUCUCUUCGUUUCUUGUACACUAAUGGUUGCUUAAGCUGUUUCUAUGAACAAUCGCAGUGUGCCUUUGAUUCAUCUUUGCUCCAAGACUAUGAAGAAGGUCAAAAACAUUAUUGCCAA